UAACAGUUCCACCAAGUGAGAAGAGUGAUGACCAUCCUUUUCUUUACUAUGGUUAUCUCCUACUUCACUUGCAUGAAAGCUGCCCCAAUGAAAGAAGCUAGUCUAAGAGGACAAGGCAGCUUGGCUUACCCAGGUCUUCGGACCCAUGGGACUCUUGAGAGCAUAAAUGGGCCCAGUGCUGGUUCAAGAGGACUGACAUCGUUGGCAGAUACUUUUGAACAUGUCAUAGAGGAGCUUCUAGACGAGGACCAGGACAUCCAGCCCAGUGAGGGAAACAAGGAUGCAGACUUGUAUACUUCCCGAGUCAUGCUAAGCAGUCAAGUGCCUUUGGAACCCCCCCUGCUCUUUCUGCUCGAGGAAUACAAAAACUACUUGGAUGCUGCAAACAUGUCCAUGAGAGUCCGGCGCCACUCUGACCCAGCUCGCCGUGGGGAGCUGAGUGUAUGUGACAGCACAAGUGAGUGGGUGACAGCAGCGGAGAAAAAGACUGCAGUGGACAUGUCCGGGGCAACUGUCACAGUCCUGGAAAAAGUUCCAGUACCCAAAGGCCAGCUGAAGCAAUACUUCUAUGAGACCAAAUGCAACCCUAAGGGGUACACAAAGGAAGGUUGCAGGGGCAUUGACAAGAGGCACUGGAACUCUCAGUGCCGAACUACCCAGUCUUACGUGAGAGCUCUCACCAUGGAUAAUAAAAAGAGAGUUGGCUGGCGCUUCAUAAGGAUAGACACUUCUUGUGUAUGUACAUUAACCAUUAAAAGGGGAAGAUAGUGGAUUCAUGUUGUAUAGAUUAUAUUGAGACAAAAUUAUCUAUUUGUAUAUAUACAUAACAGGGUAAAUUAUUCAGUUAAAAAAAAAAUAAUUUUAUGGACUGCAUGUAUGACUGAAGUUUAUACAGUACAGUGGUUACACAAUCUAUUUAUUGAACAUAUCCAUGACCUGAAGGGGAACAAUAGUCACCUGCGCACAAGUUUAAACAAAAAAAAAAAAGGAAAAAAAAAAGAAAAAAAACCAACCAAAAAAAAAAAAGAAAAGCAAACAAAAAAGUCUGCAUUACAUUCCUCCAUAACAUUGUGGUUUGUUGCCGUUGCCAAGAAUUGAAAAUAUAAAAAAUUUUUUAAAAAAAGAAUAAAAUUGCAUGCUGCUUCAAUUGUGAAUUAAUGAUAAAGGUCCUCUUUCAGAAAAAUUAAUUGAACCAAAACAUUCUGUUUACAUUUUAGACACUAAGUAUCUUUAGUCUGUUAGUAUAUAUGUUUACUGCUUCUAACUCCUGGUAGCGUUGAAAUUAAAACAAUGUGAAGGUGCUGUUGUCAUAGUUUUACUGUUUCUCUUUUACUUUUGAAUUCCCAUCAGAUUGAAAAAGAAAGAAAUUAUUACCUUAUUCUGGAUUAGAAAAAAAAUUGGGUUUUGUAUGUU